AUGCCACAAGCCCAAUAUCCUAUUGCUGAAUUGGCAAAAGUAUUGGAUUCACGAGGGACUAAGAUUCGUUUUGCUAUUCAUCCAGUAGCUGGCAGAAUGCCUGGACAAUUGAAUGUUUUAUUGGCAGAAGCUGGUGUUCCAUAUGACAUUGUCGAAGAAAUGGAUGAAAUUAAUGAUGACUUUUCUGAUACUGAUUUGGUUUUAGUUAUUGGAGCAAAUGACACUGUAAAUCGAGCAGCUGAAGAAGAUCCAAGCUCUUCAAUUGCUGGAAUGCCUGUACUUAAAGUAUGGAAAAGUAAUCAAGUUAUUGUAAUGAAGAGAACGAUGGGUGUUGGUUAUGCAGCUGUAGAUAAUCCUAUUUUCUUUGAUCAAAACACACAUAUGCUUCUUGGUGAUGCUAAAGCUGUUUGUGACAAAUUGCUUGCAAAAGUAAAGGAAGAUGGAGUUUAA